GGUGGAGGGGCGGGGCCUCGGCGAAGGAGGGAGGCCCAAGAUGGCGGCGGCCUGUGAGGCCGGGAGCGCAGGCAGCCUCCGCUGAAGCCGCGCCCGGUUGGAAGGAAGAGGAGGACGAGGAGGAGGAAGGGUUCGGGCCCCGGGUGUCGCCGGCGCCUCCGAGGCCGCGCUGGCCAUGGAGAGCGGCGAGCUCAGCAGCAUGGAGACCAUGGAGACCCUGACGGAGUUGGGCGACGAGCUCACGCUGGGAGACAUCGACGAGAUGCUACAGUUUGUCAGCAACCAGGUUGGAGAUUUUCCAGAACUGUUUUCCGAACAGUUAUGUGGCACCUUCCAGAGCAACAAUACCUGUAACGGUGGUGGAACACCCGAUUCCUCAUCACAGAGGCCCUAUAGUCAGGGGCCACUCCAAUCUUUCCCACCUAAUGCAGCAUCCCCACAGCUUCAGCCUAUUCAAGUGAAAUUGUCCCAGGCAGUGGCCACAACACCGGCUCCGCAACGGACUGCGCCUCCUCUCCAACCUCGCCCACAGGUUCAGCCUCAACUCCAACAACAAACAGUGAUGAUUACUCCAACUUUUAGCUCUUCUCCCCAGACACGCAUCAUUCAGCAGCCUGUAAUAUACCAGAAUGCAGCCACAAGUUUUCAAGUGCUUCAGCCACAGGUUCAAAGCCUGGUGACUUCCUCUCAAGUUCAGCCAGUCACCAUUCAGCAGCAAGUUCAGACUGUGCAAGCUCAAAGGGUAUUGACACAGGCAGCUAAUGGCACCAUCCAGACACUGACACCAGCCACGGUCCAGGCAGUAGCUGCUCCUCAAGUCCAGCAAGUUCCAGUCCUUGUGCAGCCACAGAUAAUCAAGACAGAUUCUCUUGUCUUAACAACACUGAAAGCUGAUGGCAGUCCUGUAAUGACUGCUGUUCAGAAUCCAGCCCUCACAGCUCUGACCACGCCUCUUCAGACAACGGCUCUGCAGACUUUAGUUGGUGGCAAUGGGACCAUCUUGACUACAAUGCCUAUGAUGAUGGGAGGCCAAGAGAAGAUGCCAAUCAAACAUGUGCCUGGUGGUACCAAGCAGCCAGAACCACCCAAGGAAGGGGAGAGGCGAACCACCCAUAAUAUAAUUGAAAAGCGAUAUCGAUCAUCUAUAAAUGACAAGAUCAUAGAACUGAAGGAUCUAGUAAUGGGAACAGAUGCCAAAAUGCACAAGUCUGGUGUACUGAGGAAGGCCAUUGAUUACAUUAAGUAUCUACAGCAGGUUAACCAUAAGCUGCGACAAGAAAACAUGGUCCUGAAACUGGCUAACCAGAAAAACAAGCUUUUGAAGGGUUUUGACCUAAGCAGUCUGGUGGACAGUGAUGUGGAUCUGAAGAUGGAUGACUUCAAUCAAAAUGCUCUGUUGAUGUCUCCUCCAGCCUCUGAUUCUGGUUCACCAGCUGGCUUUUCUCCUUACUCAAUUGACUCAGAGCCUGGAAGCCCGUUGCUGGAUGAUGCAAAGGUUAAAGAUGAACCUGACUCUCCAGCUGUUGCUCUGGGAAUGGUUGAUCGUUCACGAAUGCUGCUUUGUGCUCUCACAUUCCUCUGCCUUUCCUUCAAUCCUCUAACUUCCUUGCUGGAGGCCCAGAGGACGUCUGAUUCUGAUGGUCCUAUACGUCACGGUUCUGCGAGGAGUACACUAUCGAUAGAUUCAGGUUCUGGUGGUUGGUUUGGUUGGAUGAUGCCCACUCUGAUCCUUUGGUUUGUGAAUGGCAUUAUUGUCUUGAGCGUAUUCAUAAAACUGUUAGUACAUGGAGAGCCAGUGACCCGGUUGCACUCCCGAUCAUCCGUAACCUUCUGGCGUCAUCGGAAGCAGGCAGACCUGGACUUAGCCAAAGGAGAUUUUGCUGCUGCGGCAUCCAAUUUAGAAACGUGCCUCUCCGCCUUGGGUCGGGCACUUCCCACCUCUCGUUUAGACCUGGCCUGCAGUCUGUCCUGGAAUGUUAUCCGAUACAGUCUUCAAAAGUUAGGACUCGUGCGUUGGUUGCUGAAGAGGACAUCACGACAGAGGCGCACAACAGAGGCUCCUGUGGGUUUUGAGGAUGAAGCCAAAACUAGUGCACGGGAUGCAGCUUUAGCAUACCAUAAGCUCCAUCAGCUCCAUAUCACAGGUAAGCUUCCAUCCAGUUCAGCAUACUCAGGAUUGCACAUGGCUUUGUGUGCUGUGAAUCUGGCUGAAUGUGCAGAAGAGAAGAUCCCACCAAGCACUUUGGCAGAGAUUCACUUGACGGCUGCAGUUGGCUUGAAGACUCGCUGUGGUGGUAAACUGGGCUUCCUGGCAAGUUAUUUCUUAAGUCAAGCUCAGAGUGUAUGUAGUUCUGAGCGUAGUGCCAUUCCCGAUUCUUUGCGCUGGUUGUGUCACCCAUUGGGACAAAAGUUUUUUGUGGAACGGAGUUGGACGGUGAAAGCUGCUGCUAAGGAGAGUUUAUACUGUACUCAGAGGAAUCCAGCUGAUCCCAUUGCACAAGUGCACCAAGCAUUCUGUGAAAACCUGCUGGAGAGAGCUCUUGAGUCCCUUGUGGUUCCAAAGGGGACUGUAGGCCAUGAUGAUGAAGAGCCCUGUGAAUUCUCAAAUGCUUUGGAAUAUUUGAAGUUACUUAACUCCUUUGUGGACUCUUUGGGAAAUGGAACUCCGCCCUUCACCGGAGGCUGUGUGUUAAGAUCAGCCUUAGGUCCUGAUGUUGUCUGCAGGUGGUGGUCAUCAGCAAUCACAAUGACAAUCAGCUGGUUGAGGGGUGAUGACGCUGCUGUGAGAUCCCAGUUUACCAGUGUGGAGCGAAUUCCUAAAUGUUUGGAGAUGAUGGAGAAUGGUCUUGUGAAAGCUGUUUUCCAUGUCUGCAAAGCCAUGAAUGCUUCCUUGUCGAGCAAGGCAGAUGGGCAGCAAAGCUCUUUUGGCCACUGUGAGAGAGCCAGCACUCACCUUUGGAACAGCCUCAACAUGAGCAGCGGAGUUUCAAGUACAGGUCUGAACAAUAUGAUUCAGCUGCUGACUUGUGACCUGUUGCUGUCGCUCCGUACUACUCUGUGGCAGAAACAAACAAAUUCCAGCCAAGCAAUAGGAGAGACCUACCAUGCUUCUGCUUCUGAACUGACGGGAUUCCAACGUGACCUUGGCAGCCUACGCAAGCUGGCUCAUAGUUUCAGACCUGCUUAUCGUAAGGUGUUCCUACAUGAAGCAACUGUGCGUUUAAUGGCAGGAGCCAGCCCUACACGAACUCAUCAGCUUCUGGAGCACAGUCUCAGGCGCAGAACUCCCCAGAGCACCAAACAAAGUGAACUGGAUGCUCUUCCUGGGCAGAGAGAGCGAGCGACAGCCAUUCUUUUAGCUUGCCGCCAUCUCCCACUCUCCUUUCUGUCCUCUCCUGGACAGAGAGCUGUCCUGCUGGCGGAAGCCGCCCGCACACUGGAGAAAGUGGGGGACAAGCGUUCCUGCAAUGACUGUCAACAGAUGAUUGUGAAGCUGAGUGGGGGCACUGCCAUUGCCGCAUCCUAACCCUGGAAAACUCAAGGCCUCAUCACCCAGUGAACUGGAUUUUUGCCCCAUUUCUACUUCCUUCCUCAUUCUUUUGCAAAUUAUUCCAGUCUAGGACUGUUGAAGCUAUGUUUUGCUAGUCUGGCAGCGGCUUGGUGUAAACCAGCUUUUCUGGCUAGUGAUUUGCUUCUAGGCAAAAAGAAUUGCUCACACAUAGGAGCAAAAGUGAUAUUAUUUUCACUGGCAAGCAGCCUAUGAGAACUUGGAAGACAAAAACCCAUUUGAGAAUAUCAUGGCUUUGGAAAACAGGCUUUUGACCCUUUUAAAGCAGAUGUAACAGGAGUAUGUUUUAGAAUGGGAGCUAUUGGGGAGCAAGAUGGUUGCCUUGAACCCUUUUAUUAGCAUCUGUAUUGGCUCUUGAUCAGGUGCCAUGUUCUAAGGGCAGGCCCAUGGAAGAUACAGUUGUAUUUAACCUUAGUGGGCUGCAUUUUUAAAAACUUUAGCCUUUCUAUAGAUACUGCAUUCUCCAAGAGCCUUUGAAGGUUUGGUCAACUCUCUUGAGGAGGUGCAUCAGAGUUUUUAUGCCUUUUGUGUUUUUAUAGUAAUGUUUUACAGGUUGUGGGGACAGCCAUUAAGUUUUUCUCCCCUUUUCCAUUUCCUGUCUUUCAACUCCCUCUUUCAUUCCUGUCAUCUUAUAAUUGUAUUGCCCUCAAUUUAGGGGUUUAGACUUUUAUCUGUGAGUUGUCUGAUGGAGAACAAAGAAAGAAGAAUCAGAGGCUAAUUGCUAAACUAGGUGUGACUUUAAAGUAUCUGAUUCAAAAAGGUGUAAAGAGAAGCCACAUCUCUUUCUUUCCAGUACUAUUUUGCUGCUAAAAUCUCUUUUCCAAAAACAGCAAUUUUCUUUGUUUUGUUUUUUUAAUUACAUUAAUUAAUUGGAUGAAACAAUGACUUUGAUUUUCAGCAAGAAAACAGCAGAGAAGGACGAGUGUCAUAUUCAUUCCCCCUUUAAUCCGGGAACUUUUUGUAACUGUAUGUGACCGUUCGAAGCACACCUUUGAAAUCACAUAGUUGAAGUCAUCAUCUUGAAGAAAAAGCCACUUUUCUGGCACAUUUGACUUCUGUAGUAGUAACUUCACAUAUCCAAGGAUGCUUAGUAUAGCACUCAGCUGAAGAAAUGAUAGCUUUCGAAGUAAAUCAUGAUAGCUGUAUUCUUUUCCUUCCCAAGAUUCUUCCAGAAAGCUUUGACAAAGAUAGCCUCAUCCUUGGUCAAAGCAGAUUGGUUUUGACUGAUUUUUCUUGCAAUAGAAGAGGGUCUAGGAAGCUUCUUUUCAACAGGAGUGGCUCUAGCUUUGAACAGAUGAUAUGAGAGGCAAGACAAGAAGAGAAAAGAUAGUGGCGGAAGUAGAAAUCAAAAACAAGUUUGAAAGACUUGGAAUUCCCUGAAACACAGAAUAAAUAAAAAUGUGUAAGCACCUAAUAAGGGAAUUCAAUGGUGCUUGUUUCUCUGGUGAAGUCCACACUACUGUACAUUGUCCUUGAAUCAGUUCUGUCUGCCAUUGGCCACAUUUAAUUGCACCAGGUGGGCAGUGAUAUAGGAGUGGGACUAUUGAUUUAAAAGACAUUUUUUCUCUAUGUCUCCUGUUGACAGUUUUAUGGGCAGGUGAAAACCUGUGCAUCUGAAAAUACAUGCAAACCAGGAAAAAGGGAGGUUUCAGAUAUUGAAACAGUUAUAUAACAUCCAACAUGUGCACAUCUUAUUGAUGUCACAUGUCGAAACUCCACCCACAGAAUGAUCUAAAAAGAAAGUUUUGUCUAACUAUCAUUUUGAAGUCCUUUCUCAAUCCUCCUCAGUUCCUUGGAUGUAAUAAAAGGUGAAACUCCAUGAAUUUAGUAAAAGAUGCAGUUUAAUGGAAGUUUCCCACAUCCCCCAGAAGAUGAGUGGGUAUGUUCCAAAAGUUCAGUUUGUGUGUUCUGCCUCAUUUUGAUCCUAUAAGUUCAUUCUGAACACUUAACUUUCUGUGGAUGCCUUGGAAGUUUCUUUGUUAGCACUGAGUCAUGAUUGGAUCUGUUUUGUAUAACUCACUUCAACUGACAAUGUGGAUCCUGUGAACAUCCUGUAGAACAAGCUUGCAACUCAGGUGCAUUUCAGGAGUUAUUUAUCACAGACACUGGUUUAAGUGCACAGGACGAAGUUUGUGUACCACCCUUUUCUCAAAGAGGACUUCACAGUGAUGGUAGUCACAACACAGGAAGGAUAAGAAACUACCUCCAUGAUGAAACUGGUAGUACCAAGGUCUAUUUCCAGGUAUGCUGUGCCACCAAUCAGGUGGAGUGGCAAAAUUAAAAUGGUGUCUAGGUGAAUUGUGGAUGUUAGGUGAAUUGAUUAAGCAUGCCUAACACUUCAAAAGGUUCCAUUUGGAAAGUUUAAACGAAUCACAGAGAAUUAAUUACUUUUUAGCUAGGUUUCCUGAUUACUUAAUAUACAGUGUGUUCUUCGGCUCUACAAGGGUUUAGUUCUGGGACUUUGAAUAGAUACUAAAAUAUCCGGAUGAUCACGCUCAAUAUUAUAUAAUGUUGGCAAUGCAAACUUCUGUGUGUCUGCAUUAAUGACAUCACAAUUUAAUAAUAUGGGGCAUGAUGUGAUCCAUGGUAGGUUGAAAUUGUGGAUCCAGUGGGCCUUGCUGCACCAGAAUUCACCUAGUUGACUUGUAGAUUGCUAGGCAUCUCACAGUUGUGUAGAUUUGAAAUAAAGGAUGCUAUUUAUACAGUUAUGGAACAGCAAAUGCUGUAGUUGAGAACGGGCAUUGCAGUUAAAAGGAUAAAAGUCUCGUAUUAGUGCAUGGAUGGGAACUAAGAGCGGGACUUCUUUCUUGAUGAAGUAUACUUAGAUGGAAACAUCUACAUAGGUGGGAUCUUCACAAGGGAACAACAUUAAAUUUUCUUGUACUUCAGGCCUUUUUAUACAUCACAUUUAUUUAUGGGUUUAUUAUCUCUCAGUCUAUCCCUACAUUAUUUCUGUGUAUAUAAUGUAACUUUUGGUUUUUUAUAUAUAUAUGAUGUGAAAAGUGUCUAUUUAUCAUAGUAAAAUAAGGCAUAGGGAUGCUUUUCUGUAAGAAGAUGUAGCUGGUGAUGAUGUGAGGGGACCCCAGUUCUGACCCUCUCAUGGGGACCAUGGCGUGAUUUAUCAAAUAAAGAUGAAUUUACUCAAA